CUUGAAAAUUUAUUGUAAAACCUUAAACAAAUACCAAAUUGAAACGGCUGCCUGAAUUUGAGAGAUAAAGACAAUAUGUUAUGAAAACAAUACAUAAACAAAACAAUUUAUAUAAACACAAAUACUUAAGCCAUGGCACAGGCUGAGGAGCCAGAGCAGCAACAGCUGCAACAAUUACUGACUCAACUGGAGCAAGUGCCCUUGUCACAACUGCCGGACAGAUUCCAAGCUUACUUUGAACAGCAGACAAGCGACAGCAGCUUGGAGGAUUUUGCUGUUUAUUACCUGGCUGCACUGCGUCAGCACACGGAACUGUAUUUUCGCUCUGGAGCCAGCAGCGAAGCGGAAACGCCCAAAUGCCAAACGCCCGUGCGACAAGCAAAGCCACCGACAGCAGCAGUGACCCAGCUGGAGUUCAAUGAGUCACUGUUGAGCCAGCUUAGCCUAAGCAAUGCAUCCGAGUCGACACCAGUGCGUGGCCAUUCGGGACGCUGCAGUACACCGCAAAGCGGCAACGAACGGACAACAAAUCGUAGCGGUGGUGGUGCCAAUGGAAGCGGCAGCUUCUGCCUGGGCGACUUUCUUGCCACCCCCAAUCACAGCCAGCGCUCCAAAAAGAGGGUAACGCCACAGCAGAUCAGCACUCCAAAGGACAACAACCAAUCCCAGAAGCCGCGCCGCCGUGUGCUGCCCAUGACCAUCAGCAGGAACGUCUCCAGUACCAGUUUUGGCGAUACGAGCAGCUUUAGCAAUGAGAACAACUUGUGGCGCAUCUCGCAGAGCAGCGAAAUGUUGGAUCGCAGUCAAGUGGCUGCAUUUGAGCAGGAGGCUAGAAAGACACUCUUGUUGCAUAAACAACAUAUUAAAAAUGAGGCAGCCAGCAAUUACAGCAUGCCACAGCAAGCGGAGCGCGAGCCUGAGUCAGAACCGGAGGAGGAGACACCAUUGACGACAACUGAUAUGGAGCAAAUAGAGUCAGGCAAGCAGCAGCAGCUGCAACGUCUAGCGGGUAUCUAUUCGCAACUAAUAGAUCUCAAUUUGGUGCCAAAUGUGCUCAGCGAACUCAGCUAUACGCUGCAGUUGCUCAACACACGUGUGCCGGUAGAAAAUGCGGACCAGCAACAGCAGCUAAAGGACACUGCUUUCAGUUUGUUAAUCGAGCAUAAGCAAUGCAUUUACUUUGCGCUGCAGUUGCUCGAGCAAGAGCAGCAUCUGUUGCUGCAACUGGAUCGUAAAUCGUUGACCGUGUUGCUGCAACAUAAGCGUAUUUGUCUGUUGCCGACAGCGCUGCAACAGCAAUUGGAGGCUAGUUGCCAACGCAAGCAGCAACAACUGAAUCUAGAAAGUGACAACAACACAGGCAAACCCACAGCUGCGCAACAGAAUGUUUAUUAUCAGCCCGAAAAGGAUUCGCGUGAGAAUUUUCCCACACAAAAUGAAUUUGGCGCAUUUAAAACGCAACGUGAUUUGUUCUAUAAAGCGUUGAAGCAAUGGGAGCUCUCACAUCUCAACCGCAUCUUUUGCUUUGCCGGCGAGCUGUCGGCACGAGUGCGUGACAUCUUUAAGCAGUCGGAGCAUGUUGUUAAUAUGGCGCACUUUGCGCAACUAUUUGUUAGCCAACUGUUAAUGUGCAGCGCUGAAACGCCGGACACGGCGGAGGAUUUGGGCUUGAAACUCGAUCAGCAGCGCUUGAAUCGCCUGGCACAACGUUUGGUUACCAGCAACUCCAGCGUUGAGGAUCAGUUUCCACGCAGUCAGGCGUUCUUUAGAGAUUUCAUAGCCGAGUGCAACAGUGUCGCCUUUUUGGCGCAGCUGCAAUUAGCGCUCUAUGCGCAACUGCAACGCUUAAAUGAUUCCAGCUUUGAACUCCAGCAGCUGGCGGCUUCGGAUGACUUGGCGGAGGAGGUGCAGCAACAACAAGCAACACAACAAACGCUGUCACCUUGCAUAGUGCGCAGUCAGACGUUGGCUGAGCUCCUGCUGCUGGCAAAAUUUCUUGGAUAUGUUUAUGCUUUGCCGUUUAGUCGCGGCAGCGCUUUCGUUUGCCCGCAGCAGCUGCAACUGCGACGCCAAUGCCAGCCACCUUAUGAGCUACGUCCGCAUUUGGAGCGCGCCAUGCGCGAGGGCAAACUGCUCAUCACGCUGCCUUGGCUGGUGCAGUAUCUGGGCAUGCUGGAUGCAGUGACUCUGCAGUUGCCUGCCUGCCUGCAAACUCUGCAGCUGCUCUAUGCGCUUUAUGCUGCCACAGCGCAGUUGCAAGGGGGCGCUAUUUUUCUUAUACGAAGCUGUCUGGGUUGGCUGCUGGAUACGCAGUCGACCCUUGGCAGUGGCUACUACAGCUACAGACGUCAAAAUCACGUGGAUGAGAACACAACCAAUCUCAUUAGCAACUGCCUGCAAAGCUUUAGCCUGUUGCCCACGCAGCUGCCGCAAUUGGAAUCUCUGCUGCCCGUGGCCUGCCCUUUCCUUCAUGAGUUUCGUGUGGCCAUAACUCCGACGCAACGUCAGCCAGCACGCAGCGGACGCUAUCGUUACAUAACAACGCGUCUGGAGCAACUGCAACCGGUUGUUGUCAGGUCUACGCCGCUGGAGCCGUCGGCAACACCCGCGCAGCAGCAACAGCGCCAACUUGUUGAUGCCUUUUUGCACUCGCAACAUGCCUCUAUGCGUCGUCUGCUCGAAUUUGUCAGCGAGCGCAGCUUCAAGUGCGUGGUAAAGGAUGCACAACAGCAAUUGUUGCUGCCCAGCAAGGCAGCAGCAGAUGCGCUAGUCAAUGGCAUUAGCUCCACGCACCAACAGGAGGUGCAACGUGAGGUGCAACGCAUUUAUGAGCAGGCGCGCAGUCAGCUCUGCCAGCUGUGGCAGCAACAAGUGCCUGGCAUGCUUGAUGAACGCAUUGAGCAAUCGCUUCUGGCAUUGCUGCCGGUCAAUACCAAUGCCGUGGUGCGUGCCACAUAUGCGCAGCUGAUACGCGCUCAAGCAUCGCAGCAGCUGCAGCAAUGGCUCCAGACAAGUGUCUUGCAAACGAACUUUUAUCACGGAGAUCUGCCGGAGCUGGCGGCCAAAAUCUGUCGCGUCAACAAAACUAAUGCGCAGUCUAGUGAGGCUACCACUCCCACACAGUCUAAUGAGCUUUGCCUCCCUAAUGAGCUUUGCCUCAGCGCCAUGGGCUCGUUGAGUCUCUCACAACUGUUGCAUGAGCUGCAGCAAUGGCUGCACUGCCUCAGCUUGCGUCCAGAUUUUUUAUGCCAUUUAGUGCCGUUGCCGCUGCUUUUGGAACGCAGCAAGCUGGCGGCGCUGCAGUCACAACUGCCAAGUUACUUCUAUCAGCUGUUGGGCAGCUGCUUGAUACGUCUGCUGCAGUUGCUCAUGUGUCGCCAGCCACAGAAGUUUAAUCUCAUCUACGUCAAUCUCUGCUGCGAUGUCUGGCUUUCGCCACAGCUGCGCCACAAUCGUGACACAUUUGAAACUCUACUUAGCCUCAACUUUGUGCAGGAGCUCAGCCACAAUCUGCAGAACGUUGAGCUUUUGAAACAACUGCUGCUGGUCAUGUUGACGCGUCAACUGCUGCAAUUGGAUAAACUCAAUCAACUGUUUAUGCCGCUCUUCAAGCACAAUUGGCCGCAUGCUGUGUGGCAAGCGCUCUCACAGUUGCUCUCGCAGUUGUCGCAGCACCAGGCGCCGCAACAAGCAGCAGCAGCAGCAGAGGAGGAGGAGGACCCAGCCAAGUCACAGCUUUUUAUGGAAGUGCUUGCCGAUUUGUCUCGUGAUUUAGAUAGCUUUUAAUUUAAUUUAAGCCCAACAGUCGCUUAUGUCAUGCAUUUAGUUUAGUUUCCAAUGCUCAACGUUUCCAUCAAGCUGUGUAUAAAAAAUUUUAUUUUUGCACAGUUGCCACAGAAUUUCAGCAUUUUAUGUUAUGCUAGCAUUUAAGCGGAUAAGAUAAGAGCACAGAACACUGCCUUAUCGAUAAGGCAAAUUACGUUCGGGUUCGUCAGCAACACUUUUGACGCGACUGUCGAUGCGGUCAUCAGGCCCGACAGUGAAGUCAGCAAAGAAAUUUAUAUAUUUGACAUUAUUAAAACAACAAGUUAUUUUAAUGCAAAGUGUUUCAAAAAGUAAAUGUAAGUAGUA